AUGGCGCUGCUCGCCCGAUCUGCAAGGAGUGCGCUGCUCGAAUCGCGAUCAAUACUGCCGCCGACAUUCCUUCUUCCUCUCCGCGCUAAAAUAACGACGGUAUCGCAUCACCUCGAGACAGGCAAUGUGCCAGAGCCACUCAUUCGAUCCGGACAACACAUCCCAAAAGACACAAUAGCGAAAGUCCAAUCGCCACAGAAACUCUCCUCCAACACACCGAAGCCCGCCGCUUCGGAACAAAAGCCAAGCCCACAUGCUCGCGAAGAUAUUGUGUCCAAACACAUCACACCCACGAUCCGGAACCUCCUCCCAUUACUCCACUCCCAACCCAACCAUUACAUAACAAUUCACAUCCACGGCCGACCGUACCUCCUUACAAAAGGCGACACACUGCGUCUCCCAUUCCUCAUGCCUCACGUCAAGCCCGGCGACGUCCUGCGGCUCAAUCGCGCAACGCACAUUGGCAGCCGAGACUACACCUUGAAAGCGCCCGAGCCUGUAAAAGGCAACGCGGAUCACGGAAAGAAGGUCUUUUAUCUGGACGAGCGGAUAUUCACGUGUAGGGCGAGAGUAGUGGGCAUAGAGAGCGAGCCGUUAAGGGUGGAGGAGAAGACCAAGAGACGGCAGCGCCAUACUAAGCAUGUUAAGAGUAAACUGCAUUUUACCGUUAUGAAAAUUAGUGACUUGGAGGUGAGGAGUUUGGAGCAGUAUGAGGAGGCCAUCAAGCCAAAAGAGAAAAAUACCGUGCAAGCUUAA